UUAAUAAUAAAAUAAAAUAGCAUAAAUAAAAGUUUAAUAAACUAAUGAGAUGCGAGCUACCAACCAAACCAAACUUCUGAUUUUCUGCAUACCGGACUCCUUUGCUUUUUCUUCGCACCAAAGGCCAACGUAUCACCGCCAGUGUGUCUUGAAAAUGUAAGAAGAGAGGAUCUAAUCCCUCCCCCCCCCCGCCCACCUCCCCCCGCCCCCACCACCAUCAUCGCCACCACCAACACUACUAUCACUACCACUAUCGCCAUUACCACCCCGAUCCCCAUCACUGCCACUACCAGCACCACCUCAAAUCGUCAGUGCGAAAUGCCACAUCCAUGGCUCUCUGUCAUGUAUCGAGCACAACUCGUCAUGCGGCAAACCGGAAGAAGUAUUUGCGGAAGAAGUGUUUGCGCAGAACUUGUACCAAGUACGCGGCGAACCGGAAGAAGUACUCGUUAAGAUUUAUGUGCCCAACUUCGAGGUACUUGCAGAGAGGUACUCGCCGCCGGCAGUUUCAGAGGUACUUGCUGAGAAGUACUGUCUGUCGUCUAGAAAUAAUUACGAAGACCAAGCGCACCAGCCAAUUUUCAUAUCCAAACCGCGGCACACGGGGUGGCUUGCUCAGGCGGGGGGGGAAGAAAAACAACAACAACAGAAAAAAAAAAGAAAAAAGGAAAAAAAGUGUGAACAUGCACAGGGGCGGCUUGUUGUGAAAUCGAUAUGACGAAGCGAAGACGAGCUUCCUACGGUACGGAGGAUGUAGUACACACAGUUUGCAGCAUGCAUGUGAUUCUCUGAGAAACUAAAGAAGGAUUGGAUUGUUUCUACGGUGUUCCUCUCUCACUGGCGGCCAGUGGAGGAGUAGGUGGGUUCCAGUGCGGCUCAUUUCUGCAAAGGGCAUAACAUUCAAGAGAAGAUAACACUGGAAUCCAGUACAGAACGUCCAAUCUAUAAUGCCAGGGAGACGCGAUGCAACGAACGUAUAUCUAAAUGGCCUGCGCAUAUAUGAUCAACAACUACGUCGAUUUCGCAUAUCACAACGACGGGGACGAUGACGACAACGACGACGAUGAUGGCGGCGACGAUGACAACGACGACGACGACGACGACCACCACCACGGCGACGACGACGACAACGACGAUGACGACGACGACGACGACGACGAAGAAGAAGAAGAAGAAGAAGAAGAAGAAGAAGAAGAAGAAGAAGAAGAAGAAGGAGGAGGAGGAGGAGGAGGAGUUCAAGAAGAAGAAGAGUUUAGUGGUGGAGUGGAGAGCGGAGGGGAGAAAUCAGUACCCCAAGGCUUGCGUAGGAAGGAUGGAAUCUGUUGGCCUGCCGACUGUGCAGACGAGUACUCUACACCCCAGUCUACAGGUGGGUAAAAGGGGAUGGCAACACGAUAGAUCCUUGACACUGGACGGGCAAGCAUGAGUCUCCUUCUUCUGAGUGAGGAGUAUUGUGUGCCAAAGUUUUUGAGUAAGGAGACGCAAUGUUAAACCCAACC